UGUAACCUCUCUCUCUCGUUUUCAGUCAGUCAGCCUCCAAAACUUAAUCACACGUUGUCCAUCGGAGGAUCAAGUCCAUCAGUUGAAUGGAGUAGACAUGAUUUGAGAUAUGCUUUUUUAGGAUUAUAUUUUUAACCAUCUUGCUUUCAUUUUUCUUCCUUGUCUGCAAAGAAGGAUCGCCUUUGUUGGAAGACUGAUUGGAGCUUACUGGAAUGAAACUUUUCCUCUUGCAGUGUUUUUCAGAGGGCAGCAUUUUUUUUUUUUACUUCAGUAAUAUUUGAUCCCUUCGUGAGGAGAACAAAUUUUACAGAUCCUGAAACAGAUUGAAUAAAUCAGACACCUUUGAUAAAGGAGAGCAGACAUGGGUGAAGAGACUCCCCUGCUGAACACAAGACCAACAUCACCUGAAUCCAAGAUCAACAACUCCAAACUGUUCCUGGCCGUCUUCUCGGCCGUCUUGGGGAACUUCAACUUCGGUUACUCCCUGGUCUACUCAUCUCCGGUCCUGCCAAAGCUCCAGAGCCCCGAUGCCGACCCCCGGCUCAGAAUGGACACGGAGCAGGCUGCCUGGUUCGGCUCAAUCUACACACUGGGUGCAGCAGCCGGAGGGCUGGGGGCCAUGCUGCUCAACGAUAUGAUUGGACGGAAGCUGAGCAUCAUGACGUCAGCAGUGCCGUCGACUAUUGGAUACAUGCUGAUGGGAGGGGCUGUGGAUCUGUGGAUGCUCCAUGUGGGCCGUUUCCUCACAGGCGUUGCUGGAGGGAUGACAGCAGCGUCCAUUCCUGUUUACAUCUCAGAGAUCUCCCAUAAAGGAGUGAGAGGGGCUCUGGGCUCCUGCCCUCAGAUCACUGCUGUGUUUGGGGCCCUGGCACUCUACGCCCUGGGUCUGGUCGUACCAUGGCGGUGGCUGGCAGUGGCGGGAGAGCUGCCGGCUGUGCUGAUGGUUGUGCUGCUGGCGUUCAUGCCCUGCUCCCCCAGGAGGCUCAUCUCUCUGGGCAGAGAGCAGCAGGCUGAGAAGGCCCUCCGCUGGCUGAGGGGAAAACACUACGACACACAAAUCGAGCUCAGUGCCAUACAGCACAGCAUCAACACACGGGGUAAAGUCACAUGGUCGCAGCUGGCCACACCCCUUUACUACCGUCCAAUCAUCAUCUCAGUGGUGAUGCGUUUCCUGCAACAGAUGACGGGGAUCACGCCCAUCCUGGUCUACUUGGAGCCAAUCUUUUCCAAAAGCAAAGUUUCCCUGGAGCCCAGGUAUGAUGCUGCCAUUGUGGGAGCAGUCCGCCUCUUUUCUGUUGCCAUCGCAGCCUUUUUAAUGGACAGGGCGGGACGCAAAGCCCUGCUGUACACGUCAAGCAUGCUGAUGUUCCUGUCCACUCUAACUCUGACCAUGAUCUACCACACCACAGCUUGCCCUCCAGGCCCUGCCCCGCCUAAUCUCACUGUGAGUUUGGACUACAGCUCCCAUAGCACCACUGGAUACACUGCACCAAGCAUCAUUCCUCUCAUCAGCACCAUGGUGUUUAUAUUUGGAUACGCCAUGGGAUGGGGUCCAAUCACGUGGUUGCUGAUGUCAGAGGUGUUGCCGCUGGUUGCCAGGGGCGUGGCUUCAGGUCUGUGUGUGACUGUCAGCUGGUUGACGGCCUUUAUGCUCACGCACGCCUUCACACACCUGGUGGACAGGUACGGCCUGUACGUGCCCUACCUGUGUUUUACGGUGGUGUGUGUGCUCUGUCUGCUGUUUAACGCCGUAUGCAUCCCCGAGACUCGCGGCCGCUCACUGGAAGAGAUUGAGAACUAUUUCAGGACGGGACGUACGUUCACCAUCAACCGGAGUCCUUCCACUGUACAGUCGAGCUGAAACCUAAUGAUCCCUUUGAUCAAAUAUUCAGUUGUUCCCAUGGUGUACCUCUAAAACAGGGCAACUUUAAAGUGAUUUUGAAUAUCAGAAUUAAGGGUCUCAUGAUAGAGGUUGUAUGUUGAACAGAGUGUAAAGCCCUCUGAGAAAAGGACUCAAAUAUUUACUGAGCACAGAUGGACCAAUGUAAGUCUAAGACAUUAGACAUAAAGAUGUAUAUAUACAUGUUUCUUUUAUUUCUUUUGAACUGAUGUAACACAAUUUGUAUUCAGUCUAUUGUCAGACUAACCUCCCUGUGCCAGGUGGUUUGUUACACAGAACCAUAUGGGAAUAUGUCGCCACAAAAGGGCAAGCACUUUCAAAAAAUACUGGGCAGGUUAUUGGAUGAACCAUCUGUCUAUCACCGUCUAGUAAGAGCAAACCAUAUGACGUAGUAGUUAUAUAUAACGAGCCCAACACUGCUCAUACUGUAUAUCACACAUCUUAAACAUAGUUUGUGUCAGUUUAACUUACUGAUGUACACGCAAUGUACACACAUAGCAACACUGAUUAAACUACCGCAGCAGAGAUUAAGUGCAACAUCGAUACCUACCCCCUUUUUCUGGUAAGCUACCAUGGAGUUAGCAACAAUAAUGAACUCCAACAUGUCUGAAAGCAUUAUACACUGUGUACUACAGUAUGUGCAACCAUGUUCCAAAAGAGGAAGACAGUUUAUCAUUAAAUAUUUCACAGAAAUGACAGACAGACUGUGGAUGUUGCCUGUCUGCUUAGCUGUCGGACACAUUGGUUGUGUACAAGCUCAAUACAAUAUUUUUGUCAAUGUUGUAUUCAUACAUUUAAGAAACGCCACAGAUGUUUCAGGUCGGGUCAGUAUUUUGUUAUAGCAAUAAGUUAUGAAGGCUAGGACAGGAAGUGAUGUGGUUGGCACACACUGGUGGCUCAGCAGGCUAGGUCACAUGCUGUAGUCUCAGUGUCGUAAGUUUGAGUCAGAGUCUGAGUCUGACUCAGAGCCAUUAAUGUACAUCUCAGCCUCCCCAUCCUUCCAGUUUCUCCAGUAACAGCAUCUUUAUGUUGCUAAAUCACACCAGUUUACUGCUCUUUGAGUGGACAUAGGACUUAUGGACACAGGACGUAUAUAAUUGUACACAAUUUUACAUACAUGUGCACAAUAUACCAGCUAUAAGUGGUGAGUAUGAGUGUGUUUGCCUAAGAAAUGUAUAACACGAUAGGUGAUCCUGGAGGUAUGUGCUUGGUUCAAUAACAGCUGUUCAAAACCCUUUAGCCAAAUGGAUCCAAUGUUACUUUAGAGUCUGAUCUAAUCUAAUAAUGCAGACAUAACUAUGUCUGUGUAUGCAGUCUUGUGCAAAUAUGCUUGAUUGACAUGCUUAGUUUUACCAAAGAAGGGAUGACACAAUGCAAGUUUCGGUGUGUGUGUGUGUGUGUGUGUGUGUGUGUGUGUGUUUGUGUGUGUGUGUGUGUGUGAGACCGCACCUUACCAAAGCAGUGUGUUCGUUGAUGACAAGCAAGAGAAAGGCUAUGAAAAGGUUUGUAAAACCACUUUGCUCUACAUACAGUACAUACAAUUAAAUGUAACCUAUGCAUUGCAACAAGUGCAGAAAAAAAAACCUUUUCCAGUAUCAGUCAAGGGAUGUGAGAGUUUAUUUCUGAGCUCCCUUUGACGGUGUAUUUCUGUCACUGGAUCACUGGUCAAACAGACGUGUUGUAGUCACUCCAGCAGCUACAGUGGUGUUAGUCAAAGAUAAUGUUUCAGGGAUGAUGAUUUUAUAUAUACUGUCAACAGGGAUGAUACAUAAACAGUAAAAUAAUUGCUCUCUGGUUUGUUCAUCUUUACAUCUGCCAUUUUGUCAGCUCUGUGUCCGAAAUAUUUACAGCCAUCUUUUAUCUAACUAUCUGUAUUUACUCUUUCAUUAUUGGUUAGUGAUUAUUGAUUUGUAGUUUAGUAGAAUUUAGUUUUUCUAUGAUCAGCUUGCUGCUAAUCAAGCUAGCCACUAUAUUAGCUGUCUGAAGCUAAUGUGUUGCUGAUAAAUUAUUAAGUAGCUAUAUAGCUAACAGCUAUCUGUUGAAUUACAGUUGGAAUACCUGCUGCAUAUUUUACUCUUUUUAUUUUGACUCUUGGGGACUCGUAUGUGUACGUUCACUAGAUUAGAUUGAGAACAAUAAAAUAAACCAUUAUGAGACAAUUGUUUGACCAAGGGGAAAUUAAGAUGAAGAAAAAACUUUGUCACUGUUGAACUUCAGAUUAAAAAAACAAUUGGCUUAAUCAACUUGUUAGACAGGACACAUUCUUGGAAUAAUUACUUGCAGCUAUAUCAAAGUUCAGUCAUAAACAGACACACAGUACUGUUAAAAGAUACAUGUUGCUAUGUCAGAUAUGCAUCUCUUAAGGGGAUUGUGACAUUGUUGUGGCACAAGCCUGUUUGUGAGCAUCCCUGUAAUGCUGGUACUACAUGUGUGACGAGUUGUAUAUAACAAUUUAUUCAUACAUCCAAUUUAUUUUGAGUUAAACAUAAUUUCAGCGAAUUUCAGUUUGAUAUUAUCACAGUUACUAUAGUAUCUAUUUUUAGAACAUGUAAUUUCAUUUAUGGUUGUUGUGAAUGUAUUUGAAGAAUAUGCAACGAGUGAGUAAUACCAAGAAGAGGAAUGCAGAUAGGUAAUGCAGAUCCUUAUCUGUGUGGUUUAAUGGUUCGUCGAUCUGUUGGUAAUGCCUCGGGUCUCCAGUGGGGGGAUCGCGCUCCUCUUCCUCAUUCAAUACAGACGAGUGAAGGAAAGAGCUGCGUGUGUGUUUUCCUCAUCUUUCUCUCGUUACUAUUCCCCUUUUUAAGGGCACAACACGUUUUUGUCAACUAAACAAUAAUUCAUUUUGUACUAGAAUUGUUUUGUUAAUCACAUACAUGAGUAAAUAAAUAUGAAAUUGCU